AAAUUCUAAUGUCAUGUGUCAAGCAAAGGAAGAUACGAAAACAUAACCUCAAAUAGUCAAAAUCUUAUUAGAAUUCACGAAGUAAAGAAAAUAAUGCUAAGAAAAUAAAAAAGCAACUAAUAGCAUAUCAAUUUACUAAAAAUGUCACAAACGCACCUCCUUAAAUGCCUAUCCAGGCUCUGUAUAACGAGAAAUGAGUCCAAAAAUUUACGUAAUAAUGCGCAGGUUUUGAUUAGGAACAGUUCUACAAAAACUGCUAAACAGAAGACUGCAUCUUCUGUGUAUCGUGCUAUGAAUAUAUUUGACAGGAAAGCGAAGGCUUUGCAAAGGGAAAGAUCAGCCAGAAGAGAGGAUUAUCACUUAGCGGAAUAUAUUAAAGAAGAGAUAGGUUGGAGGACUGCCGAUCGUAUUUUGGAUAUUAAACGAGUUUUUAAGAAUGCCGUGGAACUUGGAGCGAGUCGUGGCUACGUAUCCCGUCAUCUACUACCGGACAGCGUUGAGAAGGUGACGCUGUGUGACACUUCGCAGACACAUCUGGACAAAGCUAUUGUUGGUGACGGAGUUCAGUUCGAAAAGAAAGUUAUGGAUGAAGAGAAUAUUGAUUUUCCAGAUAACAGUGUAGACCUGAUCGUGUCAUCUCUAGUUCUGCAUUGGGUGAACGACCUGCCCGGCUGCUUCGAUAGAGUCAUGAAGUGUUUAAAACCUGAUGGGGUGUUCAUGGCGUGUGUCUUCGGCGGGGACACGCUGAUAGAGCUGCGGCAGGCGCUGCAGCUCGCGGAGGGCGAGCGGCUGGGCGGCAUGUCGCCACAUGUCUCGCCCUUCACCAGGGUUAGGGAUAUCGGCGGACUGUUGUCUGCGAGUGGAUUUACAUUGCAAACUGUGGAUGUGGACUCCAUUGUAGUGUGGUAUCCUAGCAUGUGGGAGGUCAUGAGGGACGUGAGGGCCAUCGGAGAGGCAAACGCAGCGCACAACCGACCUCUGAGGAUCUCUAAAGAGGUGCAAUUCGCCGCGGCCAGUAUAUAUGAUGAAAUGUAUGGGAAGGAGAUGCCAGACAAGAAAGUGCGUGGCGUGCCAGCUACGUACCAGAUAAUCAACUUCCUAGGCUGGAAGCCAGACCCUAGUCAGCCCAUACCUAAGGAACGAGGCACUGGCCAGGUCUCUCUGAAGGACCUACAUAAAAUAGACGAAAUUAUUGACAAACCGAAGGUUGUGAAACUUACCGAAGAGGAUAUGAAAUAGUAUAGCGUAUUUAUUUAUUA